AUGUCCGAUUUCGACCAGUUUUCGCAGUCUCCGCUGGAUGGAGUGCAGAUUGGAGCCGCCGGACCAUCGAAUUUCCUUCCCUCACCACCCGCUGAAGCUCCUCCUGGAUUCGUCGAGAGAGCCCACAGCUGCGACAACUGCCACGCUAAUCGCAUCAACAAGUGCGAUCCCGCUGGCGCCUCCUCCUGCCGCCCAUGCCAGCUUCAUGGCAUCGUCUGCUCGUUCAAUCCCGCGCGCAAACUAGCCCGAUCUUGCCUCUCUUGCACGCAGGCCAAGUCCGCCUGCAUGGCCGGCUCCUUCACGCGCUGCCUCCGCUGCCUCACUUCCGGCACAAGAUGCUACAUGAGGGACUACCAAUCAACCACCAAGACCAACCGCUCCGCAAAGCGCAAGUUCCUCCACUACGACCCAGAGACCGGCGCCGCGUCCGACGAACCGCCGCAACAUCCCCCGAAUGCGUCCCCUCUCACGCCCAAACGUCUCCGCUUCACGGCCCCCUUAACCGCCUCCAACUUCGAUGCAAUGGAGCCCCUUUUCGACGACGACGCGGCCCUCCUCUCGGCCCUAGAAGUCCCCGAAGCGUCCGCUGUGGCCCCCUCUUUCGUCUCUUCUUCCCCUGCUGGCUACAUCUCGCCCUACUCCCCGCGCCCCUCCGCGUACCCGACGCCCGCGAAAACGUCGCCCGCUUCCGCGCCUUCUUCGCGCUCCUCGCGCUUUUCGCCCUCGCCGUGCCCGCUUCCCGCUGUUCUUGCGCGCGCUGCGUCACCCUUUUCGGACGUUUCUGGGGAGGCUGAGGCCCCGCUUCCGCCGCUUCUUACGACGGGGGACCUGCAGGAGCCGUGCCCGGUGGGUGUUGCGUACUUUUCACCCGGGUGCGUGUACCCGGAGCCGUACUACAUGCAACCGGCGUAUGCGUGGGCGCCGUAUGCGUUUCCGGUGGUUUAUGGGGCGGAAUAG